AAAUCAAAAGAGCCGGCUCUCUGAAAAGAGCCGCACUUCCCAUCACUACUAGUUUGGUCCAUGGUUUGGUCACACAGGCCUGACAACCCUGGCGGAUGGAUAAUUUUGAAAAGACGCAUUUCAGCGCGAAUCUUGGCAUCUACCUCAUUCUUCCCUUUUCGUUUGCAGAGAUAUCCUUGCAAAAGAUCCAAAAAUGGAUUACCACAGUAGCUCGCGGACUAAACGGAGACGAAUUAAAGCAAGAGUUGCGGAGCACUUGCGGAUGUUCGAACAUUAUGGUCUCAAAAAUAGUGUCUCAUCAAAUCCAGGCCAUGUCAUCGAACCAGAAAGCCAUAUUCAAAUGGAAGUGUUGGAUUUGCAGGAUUUUCAAUAUGAAAGUGACCAAGAACCGGAUUAUGACAUGUUAUCCAGUGACAGCAAUGAAGAAUUUGAUUCUGAGGGUUGCAUUGAAGAAACUGACCCUUGCACUGAUGUCAAAAGGAAGUUGGCUGAUUGGGCAGCAAGUCGCAACAUUUCACACAGUGCCCUGUCAGAACUACUACAAAUUUUAGUGCAGUGCGGCCUGGAUCUUCCCAAAGAUCCAAGGACUCUUUUAUCAACUUCAAAAACAUGUGAAGUCAAAGACAUUGGAGAUGGGUGUUAUCAUCAUUUUGGGAUAUCAAAUGCUCUAACUACAUUGCUAUCACAGCAAUCUCAACCUUCAGUUGAGUCUCUAACUCUUCGUGUCAACAUUGAUGGAUUGCCCCUCUUCCGAAGCUCAAAAAUGGAGUUAUGGCCUAUUUUGGCCAAAGUCAAAGAAAUUCCAGGAUGUAAUGUUAUUAUCAUUGGUCUGUAUGCAGGUCCUACAAAGCCUAAUUCUGUUGAGGAAUACCUGAAGGACUUCAUCCAGGACCUGAAGCAUGUAACUCAGCAUGCCCCUCUUCAGCAUUGUGGAGUUCAGAGAGGAAGUGUCAAGUGAAGGAAGGGCUCUUGUGGAUAUUAUUCCAUCAUGUUGGUUCACUGAUGAGGACAAGACGGACUGUUUUUGGCCAGCAGGCCACAAUCUUAAUAUCACCAAGGCAGUGAAACAGCGGCAAAGACCAGAUGCUUCAUGGGGGACAUACAGUGUGCGUGCACUUGGACAUGCAGACACAUAUGAGGAUGCUCGACGCAAGCUUGCACGAGCAGAGGCUACUUCUGAUCUUCAAACAGACAACGAUGUACCAAAGAAGAGACAAAGAAGGCGAUCCAUGAGAGCCCCACCCCUUGAAUCAAGUGAAGAGGAAUCCGAUACAUGUGGUGACGAUGAAGUGCCUCCCUCUCCUCCCAUUGAAUUUGGUAGCCAUUUUAAAGCAUAUAAGCCAAUUGUAAGUGCGAGAGUAACCAGUCACGAUGCUUACUCAGGAAGCACUAGUACACCAUACAGAGUAAAUGACUAUAGUUCCACCCCGACUCUGCAAAGCCCCAGUGCCACCCCGACUCUGCAAAGCCCCAGUGCUACCCCGACUCUGCAAAGCCCCAGUGCUACCCCGACUCUGAGAAGCCCCAGUGCUACCCCGACUCUGAGAAGCCCCAGUGCCACCCCGACUCUGAGAAGCCCCAGUGCUACCCCGACUCUGAGAAGCCCCAGUGCUACCCCGACUCUGAGAAGCCCCAGUGCUACCCCGACUCUGAGAAGCCCCAGUGCCACCCCAACUCUGAGAAGUCCCAGUGCCACCCCGAGUCUGAGAAGCCCCAGUGCCACUCCAACUCUGAGAAGUCCGAGUGCCACUCCAACUCUGAGAAGCCCGAGUGCCACUCCAACUCUGAGAAGCCCGAGUGCCACUCCAACUCUGAGAAGCCCGAGUGCCACCUCAUGUGUGAGCAGUGCCAGUAGCGCCUCCUCAAGUCUUAACAGUGCCAGUAGCCUUGGAGAAGCCAUGUGUAUAACAUUGCUAACUUUACUUGAGGAAGUGAAGGACACACAGAGAGUGCAUAGCAAAAUGCUUAACACUUUGCUGAAGCAAAGAGAGGCUUCGACGUUGUCAGAACCACCACAGGGAGCAGUGUUUCCGUUAACAACUAUUGAUGAUGUCCAGGCCAUGAACGAGAAGCUGUCAGACUUGGAGUUCAUGUCAAGGGUUGUUGCCAUGGUUGGAGAAAUUGGAGGUUCUUCGAUAGAUGACGCAACCCGAAGAAUGAUGGCGUUUAUAAUGUCACCUGACCUGGCACUGCAAUACAACCUCUUUGGACGUCAUGGGAAGAAACCCUUCAGGGAGCUACGUCUAUUUGAUCUUGUUUACGGAGCACUGAAGAAGAACAUCCUUACAAAGGACAUAAACCACAAGGAUGCGGAGAAGGCUUUCUCAAAAUGGUUUACAGGAGCUCGGGACAGAGGGGGCAAGCGGGCCGUCAGAGCACAGAGGGAGUUCAACAGAAGGGGUGAAACACAGGCUCUUCAGUCUCAAGAUGAGACACAAAUCCAAUAGAGGUCAACGAUCUGGUACUGGAGGUAAAAGUCUAUAUACGGACAAUUGUUUGUAUACGGAUUUAAAAAAAUGUCAGUUGAGGGUUUGAUUGGCAAAUUUAUUUUCAAAAACUAGAGCUAAAAAAAAGUGGGUGGGCAGCGUUGUGACUGUCCUCCUGUGUGAAGAUUUGUGUGGGUUUUUUUGUUCAAAGUUGGCAAUGUUCGUUUUCUGUUCAACCUUGUCACUCUUUUGUACCAUCUGUUCUCAACAUAUGCAGUUUGUGCAUUCACUAGUUACAGUGGGGUAGUUUAACUCAGACGGUGAUGAUGACACUGACUCAUAGUCCGCAAGUUGUUCUGCCUAUAUAGCCCAAAACCUCUUAUUCACACUGUUUUAAGUCAAACCAAAGCUCUACAAGGUUGAAAUUUAUACUUUUUUUAAAAGAACAGUGAAGACCUAACUAUGGUAAAAGUAGUUAAAAAUAGUUCCCAUGCCUGCCAUUGUGGUUUCUGUUAUGUAUUCCAUGAUAUUUUGAGCAGUAAAGCGAAAGCAGCCAUUUGCAAUGCUUACAAUGCCCAAUGUUUAUGCAGUAAAAUGGCUAGUUUUUCAUGAUGGGACAGUUUAUAUUAAAUUCAAGUUUGUUUUAAACACA